AUGGCGAGGCUGAAGAUGUCUCCCUCGGGCCUGGGGCUGUUGGCCCUGGGCGCGCUCUCUUUAUCGUCAACGCUUGUCGCGGCGCAGAAGAACUACACGCAGGAGGAUAUGCUGCGGGCACAGCUCAUGCUCCUCACUGGCCGACCAGACGACUGCCCGCCUUGUUUUAAUUGUCUUCUUCCCGCCUACACCUGCGGACAGUUUUCCGAGUGCAAUGAAUACAAUGGAAAGUGCGAAUGUCCUGCCGGUUUCGGAGGCGAUGAUUGCUUGGAAGCCACUUGCGGCUCACUCUCUCGCGGCAAAGACCGCCCGAUAAGACAAGGCGACUCCUGCGACUGCGACGAUGGCUGGACCGGCAUCAACUGCAACGUCUGUACCGAGAACAAGGCCUGCGACGCGCUCAUGGAGACGGGCGCCGAUGGUGUGUGCUACGCGAACGGCGAAGUUGUCAAGCAAAACCACCAAAUGUGCGAUGUCACCAACGACAAGAUCCUAUCCAUGCUCGAUGGCAAGAUUCCCCAGGCGACAUUUAGCUGCCAGAAGGAAUCUGGAAUUUGCGACUUUCAGUUCUGGAUCGACCGUCUUGAAUCAUUCUAUUGCCACCUUGAGGACUGCGAGUCCAGCGCUGAGAUCGAUUCCGACAAGAACAGCACAUACUACAAGUGCCCGACGGUCGCGUGUUCGUGUAUCCCUGACCGCAUGCUGUGCGGCGAGGAUGGGUCCAUCGAUCUGACUGACUUCUUGGCCGAGGGUAUCACGGGUCCUGCUCAGUUUGAAUGUCUCCAAGAAGGCGGCGGUGUCAACAAAUGCAAGUUCAGGGAACCAGAGCUCGAUGGCAUGGUCAAGGCAAUCUUUGGCGACCCAAGUAUCGAGUUGAGCUGCCGUGCUGGAGAAUGUCUGUACGCGACCGAAAUUCCAGGCUACGUCAAACCCAUCAAGCCGAUCAAUACGCCUCUUAUCGCUGGUGUCAUUGCGGGCUGCUCACUUUUCCUGGUUGCCGUGGGUCUACUGGUCUGGUAUCUGUCCCGGCGAUCCAGUCAGUACCAGGCGAUUUCCCUCGAGGAUUCUGACGACGAGACUGGAAAGCUCAUGGCUGAUCACAAGCCUGCAUCUCUAUACUUCUCCGAGGUCGCAUACGACCUUAACGGCAAGCGUAUCCUUCACGAUAUCCAGGGCAUGGCACAUCCGGGUGAAAUCAUGGCUAUCAUGGGCGCCUCUGGUGCUGGCAAGACCACAUUCUUGGAUAUUCUGGCCAGGAAGAACAAGCGCGGUAAAGUGUCGGGCAACUUUUAUGUCAACGGUGAAAAGGUUGACGAUGCCCAGUACAAGAACGUUGUUGGUUUUGUCGACCAAGAGGAUACUAUGCUCCCGACUUUGACCGUCCACGAGACCAUUCUCAACUCUGCCCUGCUUCGACUACCCAGAGCCAUGAGCCGUGGUUGGAAAGAGCAGAGAGUACAUGAAGUCGAGAAACAGCUUGGUAUUUACCACAUUCGCGAUUCACUGAUCGGCUCCGAGGAAGGAAAGGGACGAGGCAUAUCUGGUGGUGAGAAGCGCCGUGUCGGUAUCGCCUGUGAACUCGUUACCAGUCCUUCCAUCCUCUUCCUCGAUGAACCGACCAGUGGUCUGGAUGCAUACAACGCCUUCAAUGUUAUCGAGUGUUUGGUCACUCUUGCCAAGACGUACAAGAGAACAGUCAUUUUCACUAUCCACCAGCCCCGUUCCAACAUUGUCGCUCUUUUCGACCGCCUUCUGUUGCUUGCACAGGGCAAGACCGUUUACUCUGGACCCUUCGCCAGCUGCCAGGACUAUUUCGAUCGCAUUGGCUACUCCUGCCCACCUGGUUUUAACAUUGCUGAUUACCUGGUUGAUCUCACGAUGCACGCUGGCGCCAUUGAGCCGUAUGAUGAUGGCGGUCUCAAUGCUGAUGCUGCUAGUGUUGGUCCGAGCAGCACCACUGCUGUUAAGUCAGUUGCUAGUAUCUCUGGAAACAGCACCAACGAGGAAAAUGAGCCUUCAUCCAGCCGGCCUAGACCAAAGCGCAAGGAUUCAGUCAAAGCGCGCCAGGAACGAGAACUCUUUACUCGAAGACGCAGCACCGUCAAUACCGUCGACACUGCUGCCUCUUCGGACGUUGACGAUGAGAUUGGAGCCUACAAGUUGCACAAGCAAAACCCGCCUCCCCAUAUCAAUAUUGAGGAAGCUCAUGAUCUACCCCCGUCUGUCAACGGCAGCACUAACCUCGAGGCACUGCACCAAGCGUACAUGGAGUCUGACAUUGCUGGCAAUACUCAUGACGAAAUUCAGCAAGCUGUUGAUAAUGCUCGAAACGCCAAUGGUCAGAAUGGAUACAGCCCAGAAGGUCCCAAUGUCUACACUGGUGGUAUCGGCAAGGGUUAUGCUCGCGUCAGUUAUGCGCGCCAGUUCAUUAUUCUUUCUGGCCGUACCUGGAAGAACCUAUACCGGAACCCUCUAUUGAUGCUGACUCACUACGCCAUUGCCAUUGUUCUGGCUGUGCUCUCGGGGUACCUCUUCUUCCAUCUCACUGAUGAUAUUCCCGGCUUCCAGAAUCGCCUGGGUUUAUUCUUCUUCCUACUCGCCCUAUUUGGCUUCAGUACACUUACCAGUCUUAAUGUGUUCUCGGCUGAACGCCUGCUGUUCGUCCGCGAACGCGCCAACGGCUACUACUCACCUUUCACCUACUUUGCAGCCAAGGUUUUAUUCGAUAUUGUGCCGCUUCGAAUUAUUCCUCCGGUCAUCAUGGGUGUUAUCAUUUACCCAAUGACUGGUCUGAUCCCGGAUGCGCCCCACUUCUUCACAUUUAUGCUUGUAUUAGUUCUCUUCAACUUGGCUGCAGCAGCAAUUUGUCUCUUCAUUGGCAUUGUCUGCAAGGACAGCAGUGUUGCCAAUCUGAUUGGAUCGCUGGUCAUGUUGUUCUCGCUACUGUUUGCCGGCUUGUUGCUCAACCACGAUGCAAUCCCUCACGCCGCCCAGUGGUUGCAGGCUUUGUCCAUCUUCCACUAUGGUUUCGAGUCCUUGAUUGUCAAUGAGGUCCUCAAACUUGAGCUCGUCGACAAGAAGUAUGGCCUUGACAUUCGGGUCCCCGGUGCCACGAUCCUGUCUAGCUUUGGCUUCGACAACGGUGCACUGUGGACGGAUGUUAUCAACUUGGGCGUCUUCGCCGCUGUAUUUGUCGUGCUUGCCUAUGCAGCAAUGCAUUUCUUGCUUGUUGAAAGACGGUAG